AUGAAUUCACCAAGUUUACCCAACAUCCGGAGUCUAAGAACUCUUUCCAAUGCGCACAAAUGCGCCGCCUUGGACCUUUUAUUCGAGCCCAGUCCGGAAAUUCACAAAACCUUGAUCCCCGUCUCUGAGGCAGCCGAGUACACGUCGUACAAUGAAUUCAUCGAGUCCUGCCGCCAGGCCCUCGUCUCCAUGGCGUCCCAGUCGACCACGACCAGACCCAACGAGACGCUGCUAGCCAUUCUCGGUUCUCACCCGCGCCUGGGCGCGAAAAAGGUCGAGUCGGCGCAGUCGGCGGCCGAGCAGGCCAAGCUGGGUGGCGGGGAGAGUGAGGCGCUGGCGCGACUGAACCGCGAUUACGAGCAGCGGUUCCCAGGUCUGCGCUACGUCGUCUUUGUAAAUGGCCGCGGCAGGGAGGACAUUAUGCGGGAUAUGGAGGCGCGCAUCGCCAGGGGCGACUUUGGGAAGGAAGUGGACGCGGCACUGCAUGCAAUGUGUGAUAUCGCAAGAGAUAGAGCGGCGAAGCUGCCUGUUCAAGCAGCCGACCAUUUGUAG